AUGUCCGCCACCUCUACUGUCGACAUCCCUCCCUGGGUGCCCCCCAUGGAGACGAAGAACGAAGACUUUGACUGGGCGCCGCUUCAUACUCUCGACCUUUCCGAGAUCAAGGGUGAGAACUUUGACGAGAUUCCCCCCAAGGUUGUGGAGCAGGUGGGUCGUGCUUUCUCGGAGGACGGCUUCUUGUACGCCAUCAACCACGGUCUUCCCUGGGAGAAGGUUCUCCGCCAGUUUGCCAUUGGCCAGUACGCGUUCGACGGUGUGACGGAUGCGGAGAAGAAGCGCUGCCUUGCCGACAUGCUUAACGCUGGCUCGUUCGUCGGAUACAAGCCUAUGGGCCACUGGCAGAUCAACGGUGUGAAGGACCGCAUUGAGCAGCUCAACUUUGGUUCGCAGACCUUUACGCCGGAGAAGCGCGCGCGCUUCCCCGAGCAGAUGCAGCCCCUGAUUGAUGAGAUUCAUGAGUUUGCCAAUUUCAACCACGACGUGAUUCUCCGCAAAAUCCUCAACGUGCUCUCGCUUGUGCUCAAGCUGCCCGUUGACACCCUCUGGAACCUGUCUAAGGAGCCUGAAAAGCGCGGUCUUGACCUCCUCCGCUACGCUCUCUACCGUCCCCCGCCCAAGGAGGACGACCAGGCGGUGAGCGGUGUGCGUCUCCAGGGCCACACGGACUUCAACAGCGUGUCGAUCCUCUGGUCGCAGCCCAUCACUUCGCUUGAGGUGCUUAUGCCUGACAACAAGUGGCGCAUGGUCCGCUACCGCCCUAACGCCAUUGUGCUGAACCUGGGCGACGCGAUGCACUUCCUCUCGGGCGGCUACCUGAAGCAGACGAUCCACCGCGUGGUUGCUCCUCCGGAGGACCAGGCGCAUUACAACCGUCUUGGUCUCUUCUACUUUGCUCUCUUCAACGACGAUGUGCCGCUGAACCCGCUGCUCGACUCGCCUGUCGUGCGCGAGGCGUACAAGGGCCGCAACUUCUUUGCCGAGCGUGAGGCGCAGGGUCUGCCGCCGCCCACUGCCGGUGACUGGGAGCGCAUGCGUGUUCGUGCAUACGGCCAGGGCAACUCGAAGAAGGGCUCUGACGGCCACGACCACGAGAAGAUUGGCGGUGUGGAUGUGACGCUGUACAACAACACCGAGAGCAAGAACAACCAGUCGCUGGCCCCUGCGCAGCGCACGGUUGCUGCUAACUAG